UAUAGCUCAAAUACUAUCUGGCAAAGGUACCAGCUUAUAAUACACCUGAAAUUCCGCUAAAGGCAAUAUGGUCCGAGUCUGGAUUGUUAAAGUUGACGAGUGCCGCAUCUUCUAACCGUGCUGAAACAGGUACGCCCGAUGCCGACCGAUGACGUUGCGACAUGGAAAUCGGCAUCUCGGAAACGAAAAACCCACGCCACAGCACGACCUAAAGGUAGAAUGAACCACUGAUAGUCAAUGAAAAUACAGUGGAUCUAUUCUCCCAGGGUCUCCUCCUAUAUUGUCCACAAUAAUGCUCAGAAAUUGUGGUCUAUGCGUGUUCGGAUAUUUGUUCUUUGGCCGGGUCGUGGAACGGAUCAACCGGGGAAACACCACACGAUGACGCUGUAGACAACCAACGUAAGAAAGGGGAAUGAAGAAUGAAAAACCUUAUGGUUGAGGCCGAGUCUUCCGUCAUUCUAUGGUUCAAAAAGGUCUCGAUUUCUCCUCUCUCUCAAAUAAUCGCAUAUAACAAAAAAAGUGAAGUCUGCCCACUUGAAGAUCAAGAGGUAUACAUCAGAUUCUCAAGUAUUAUGGAGCGUACCAGCUCUCCUACCUCUGAUUCUCACGGAUCAAUCAGCAGAGGUAGUGAUCCUCUAACUGCGAUCGCAACGACUCCAGAUCGUCGUGAAUCCCAAUAUGAAGCCGUCCGCGUGGAUAUUCUGAGCCGUCGUCCUACCAAUCUCAACGAGGUCGAAUUAGAACGCAUCGAAACCUACCGUCUCCAACACCGUUCCACUGUCGGAUCGGGAGCUCCUGUACCCCGCGGAGAGUGGCUACCGAUGGGGGCCGGGAAACCAUAUCCACCAUCUCUGCCGGAUCCCGAACAAUUCGUGGUGGAAUUCACCGGUGCAGAUGAUCCUUUACACCCGCAAAACUGGCCCUUGCGUCAGAAAAUCAUCAUAUCUGUGGUGCUAGCCUACUCCACAUUUGUCUCCUCGUUCGCUAGCGCCAUCUACUCCUCUGCCGUUGUCGAAAUCGGUCCUCAUUUCCACAUCAGCUCCGAGGUCGCUAUCCUCGGCGUGACGCUCUAUGUCUUGGGGUUUGCUUCGGGGCCAACCUUGUGGGCUCCAGCAAGUGAGUUGAUUGGAAGAAGAUGGCCGAUUAUUGUGGGAGUAUUUGGCUAUGCGAUCUUCACAGUUGGAACUGCAACAUCAAAGGAUGUCCAAACUCUCAUGUUGACUCGAUUCUUUGCCGGAUUCUUUGCUGCGAGCCCAAUUGCCAUCGUCCCGGCCGUUUUUGCGGAUAUCUACAACAAUCAAACUCGUGGUGUGGCUAUCGCGAUGUUUGCCAUGGCUGUGUUCGUCGGCCCCUUCGCAUCGCCUUUUACCGGUGGCUUCAUCACAAUGUCCUAUCUGGGAUGGAGAUGGACGAUGUAUAUCUCUUGCAUAAUGGGCUUUUUAUCCACCACACUAUGUCUGCUGUUCCUCAAGGAGACAUAUGCGCCCGCUAUCCUUGUGGAGAAAGCUGUCAAGUUGCGCCGACAGACCCACAAUUGGGGUAUACGGGCAAGGCAGGAGGAGGUCGAGCUGGAUUGGGAGGAGUUGAUCACGAAUAACUUCAGUCGCCCGUUCCGAAUGCUUUUCAGAGAGCCAAUUGUAUUCUUGAUCUCUCUGUGGAUGAGUUUUGUUUAUGGAUUGAUGUACGCACUUCUCAGCGCAUAUCCUGUCGUCUUCCAGGGAAUUCACGGCAUGAAUCUUGGAGUUGGUAGUCUACCUUUCAUCGGGUUGAUUAUUGGUGAGCUCCUUGCUGGUGGUUAUAUUCUGCUAGACCAAAGGUCGUACUCCAAAAAAUUAGCGGCCAACAACAAUAUCCCUAUUCCCGAGUGGCGUCUUCCGCCAUCUAUACUCGGUGGUGUUUGUUUCACUGUUGGGUUGUUCUGGUUCGGUUGGACGGGAUGGACAAAAUCUAUCCACUGGAUGGCACCAACCGCGAGUGGAGUAGUCACUGGCUUCGGGAUCUACGUAAUCUUCCUGCAGUGUUUCAACUACCUGAUCGACUCAUACCUCACCUUCGCGGCCUCUGUGUUUGCUGCUAACACGAUUAUUCGAUCCGCGGUUGGAGCAGCUUUCCCGCUAUUUUCGAAACAAAUGUUCAAUAACCUAGGAGUACAAUGGGCUGGUACUCUUCUUGGAUGCCUGGCAUUGAUCAUGAUUCCCAUCCCACUGGCAUUUAUCAAAUACGGACCAAUUUUGAGAAAGAAGUCCAAGUUUGCCCCGACUUUUGGACCGCGUGAACCCGCUUCUUCAGAGAAAGAGCCGAGGGCAUCUGUCUAG